AGUUUUAAGAAUUCCCUCCCACCCCCAGAUCUUUGCAUGGUUUUGCUGAUUUCCCCUCAAAUUCCCACGUGUAUCUUAAAAUCUUUGCUCACUCAUCCCUUCUCUGAAUUAGGAUUUGAGCAUCUUUCUGUUAUGCUGUUGCCCCACUUCUAUUGCAAUGCUCCCCUUCUUCAGAAAGUUUUUCUAGACUAAUGUCCAGAUUAAACUUCUUUUCUUUGACAAUAAUGAUGCCACGACUUGGACAAAAUGCCCAUUGCCCCUGGCUCCUGCUUUCUUCACCCAGUGCUGCCUUAUUGGACUCCUUGUGCCUCUCCGUGACUGGGGAAAUCAGGAUCCACAGUGGCAUCCAACUUUUAAGAUGCCUGAUAUGAAGGACACUAAAACAACUGACCUUUGCCAGCAUGCCAAACAGAUGGUUUAACUAGUCCUCCAGGAACAAAACGGAGCAAUUCUGACCUGGGACUAUUUAACUCCGCCAUCUCCUACUUGAGAUUCUCCUUGUCUCUCUGUUCAAGGAUACUUUCACUGAGCCUUUCUUGAACAAGAGUGGAGGACUGAUAGGGCGAUUAAACUCUGUCUUUGACACAACUUUAGAGCUUCAACUGAGAAUCUAGAAGAGAGUAGACAGAAAAGUAUUUUUCCCUUCCCUCCAAAUGCAAGGAUAAUCGUACGUGAGUCCAGGAGGAAGAAUGGAGACUAUCUGGGAUACAGAGAGGGCAAGCAAAUGUUUAGAUGGUAGCUGUCUGUGAGUAGACAACACAAUCUGUGCCAGCCAUGCUACGCUGUCCCUGCUCUUAUGGAGAUUCCGGUCUAAAAGGAAAGACCAGUAUUAAUUACCGAAUCCAUUAGCGAAUGCUACCUGCAAAGCAAGUGAGGUACUCCGAAGGAAAGGAAGACUGGGACUCACAGCAGAAGGCUCAUUCCACACUAAGUGUUCUGAAUCAAAAAGAUGAACAAAAUACAGUGCCAUUCUUCAAGGACUUCACAGCUACAGGAAAGGGAUAUAGUUAAACAAAUAACUGCAGAAUUGGAAGUUGGAGCUGAUGUGCUUAGAAGGGUUUUGAACAAGGGGCUUCACUGCGACUCUCUCUGCUUUUGCAAACUUCAGGAAAACCUUUACGCACAGUUGAAAAUACAGAAUCUCAGAAUGAAGCCCUAACUUCCCACAGCAGAUGGGGUCUAUGAGGAGGAAGAAGUGGAUGCAUGGACCAGUCCUGUUUUGAAGACAAGUCUCAUGGUGCUACUGUGCCUCCAUGAGCUCCUGAUGCCCAGAAGCUGGCAUCCUGCCGCCAUCAUGAACGACACCGUAACUAUCCGCACUAGAAAGUUCGCGACCAACCGACUACUUCAGAGGAAACGAAUGGUCAUUGAUGUUCUUCACCCCGGGAAGGCAACAGUGCCUAAGACAGAAAUUCGGGAAAAACUAGCCAAAAUGUACAAGACCACACCGGAUGUCAUCUUUGUAUUUGGAUUCAGAACUCAUUUUGGUGGUGGCAAGACAACCGGCUUUGGCAUGAUUUAUGACUCCCUGGAUUAUGCAAAGAAAAAUGAACCCAAACAUAGACUUGUAAGACAUGGCCUGUAUGAGAAGAAAAAGACCUCAAGAAAGCAAGGAAAGGAACGCAAGAACAGAAUGAAGAAAGUCAGGGGGACUGCAAAGGCCAAUGUUGGUGCUGGCAAAAAGUGAGCUGGAGAUUGGAUCACAGCUGAAGGAGUAAAGGUGCUGCAGUAAAGGCUACCUGUGUCCAUUUUGGAUUUUUCACGAGCAGGUUAAUAAACUAAAAACUU